CGCUUCUCUCGCGCUCUCUCUUCACUGCCUCACUCUCAUUCUCACACUCUUACGCUCUCUUUCUCUCUCCUUUACUCAAUCCCUUCACUCAGUCCCUCAUUCUGUCUUUUUUUUCUUUCUCCCCCUCCGCCCCCCUCCCUUCCCCACUCCUCCUCCCGUCUCAUGCUCUUUCGCAUGCAAUCGCUCUCUUCCUCCGCUCCGUCUAUCUCGUUCGCUCGUCGGCCUCCGACUCUUCCUGUCACUGCACGCUGAUCAGUCCUCCGCCGUCAUGCGCUUGAUGCGCUUGUCGUCCUCCUUCCCCACCCACCGUCAGCGAUGAUCCAGUUGCUUGGCUUCGUCAGCGCUUGUCUUGUCCAUGAACAAUCAGUCUUCGGGCCCAUGACCAUCCGCCGCCCUUCCCCUCCCCAUCACCCUCUCUUUCUCCAGAGCCUGGCGCAUCCAGUAUGUUCAGGCGUCUGGAAAAGAAACUCUACAAUUUCUGGCUGCCUGUCCUAAACCGUCAUCGUCUUCCGCCCUUCUUCCGAUCGCGCCCAAUCUCGCCCGAUGGACAACCCCGUCCGCCCACCACCCCCUCGGGGGCAUGGCGACCCAUGGCCUUGCGUCCCGUCUUCCUGGCCCUUAUCGUCGCGAUCAUGUUUGCCAUGUUGAUCACCGUGGAGGGUUUGCGCCGAUAUUGUGAGCAAUACGGGGGCCUGGUUUUCUUUUCCGACACCGACGAUGUCUCCGACCUGCAGUCAUUCGCCUACAACUACCUGCCCAUCAUCGGCGCCUUGGCCCUCGUGACGCUCUGGACCUUCAUUGACUACGAUGUGCUGCGCUUGGAACCCUACUUUCAGAUCGCUCGCCCCGAGGGUGCCCCGGCCUCGGUCCUCUGCAUCAACUACAACUUUGGCCAGUCGUUUCUCACCCCGCUGACCUCGGCCCGUCGCGGCCACUGGAUCGUCCUGCUCGUCUCGGUCACCACCGUGCUCAUUCGCAUGUUUCUUCCCGCGCUGCAGAGUACCCUCCUGGAACUACGGGAGAUCAACCGGCUCGAUGACGACGCCAUGAAGACCUGGCCGCAGCUGUUGGAUCUCGACCGGCAGGCGGAGUGGAUGUUUGCGCAGGAGAGUAGCCCGAACAUGACGCUCGCUUCGGUCAUGACCACCAACACCCAACUGCGCGAUUCCCGCUCCGCCAACUACGCGGUGGCCCCCGUCGAAAUCAGCCUCGAAGACCGACAAGAGAAUACCGUCUGGACGUUGAAUGAGACCAUCUACUGGGCUCAACUUUCCUGUCGGGAUGUCCUGAUUGACAACCACCUCUCGGUCUCGGUGAACGAUAAUUCGACGUACCCACCGACCGUCUCCUGGAACGUGACGGAUGUCCAACUGCCGGAGAGUACUGGCACGGACCGCGGCUGCAUCCUGGAUUUUCACUACAAGAACAUCUACUUCGCCGACACGGACUACCUGCAAAUUCGAUACUGGGAGCCAGUGUGGCCCAACCGGUCGCACCACUCGCCGGACCUGAGCUCCGCGUUCACCGCCCGGGGGUGUGAGCAUCCCUACGAUUUGUACGGGAUCGUCCUCUCGGUCAAUGCCACCGAAGCCGGAGCAGAUAGGAUCAGCGCACUGGGCUCCGGGUUCACCUCCUCCGCCACCAUUUUCGCCUGCCAGAUCGAUUAUCGCCAAGCCACCGCGCGACUGAGUAUGCACGCCAACAGCUCGAUCACCAACACGACGGUCUUCUCCCACACCGAGACCGCGCUGUCGGACCAGCUCUUCAAUCUCAAUGCUUUCCAAGGCUUGUUAGCGCAACGUGCGCCUUACACGGGCGAUAUGUUAUUUAUCGAGAACAAUCAGACGAGCGGCGACACCACCGUAACAGAACUGCCUGUGAUCAGUCAAAACGUGCGCGACUUGGAACCGCUGCUCGUCCUGGACGCGUCGGAGAUCAUGACGCCCGAUGAGUUCGAAUCAAAAGUCACGCGCGGCGUAGUGCAAACCUUUGUGCUGACCUUCGCCCGGCUCUUCAACCCCGAUCAGGAACCGACCAGCGUGCCCGCCUUGCGAUUUUCGACCCAGGUCACCAUCUCCGUCGUGACGGUUGCGGCCUACUGCUCCGAGGUCAUACUCGCCUUGGGUAUUGUUCUCGCGGUGUGCCUGAUCUAUUUCUAUCAGUCCCGGCCGAACAUCCUGCAAAGUGAUCCAGGCUCCAUUGGCGCGAUGUGCAGUAUGCUCACCGAUGUGUUUGGGCCGACCAAUAUCUUGGCCGAUCCGCAAACCGAAUUCCACCAGUUCUCGACGCGUCAAUUGCGCCAGAUUCUCGAUACCUGUCGCCUCCAAUGGCAGCAGGGCCCGGACGGUCCACGGUUAGGAAUUGUCUCUGCAGAUGGUUCGCCGGUGAUUCUGCCGUAUCCGACUCGGACGCGGGUCGACCCCAUGCCUCAUUUUCUCGUCGUCCCGAUCUUCAUCGUCGAAUUUCUGUUCUUAGCUGCGAUCAUCACGAUCAUGGGAUUGACAGUAGCGUCGCUCGCCCACGACGGCAGUUUUCAGCAUCUGACCCAGUCGGGCUCCAGCUUCCUGCAGGUUGUCCUCUCCUUCCUCCCAUCGGUGGUUGCCUCCUCGGUCGGCGCCCUUUGCAACUCGAUCCUACGCAACAUCAGUAUUCUGGAGCCGUGGGUCCACCUGCAACGCGGCAUGGCCACUGCGCAGUCAUCCUUGUCGUUGAACUAUGGAUCACAGAACCCCUGGGCCGUCUUGGUGAAAGCCAUCCAGGAUCGCCAUGUUCUCUUGGGCUUGGUUUCCUUUACCUGCGUGGCCAACGUGGUCUUGACGGUGGUCGCGGGUGGUCUCUUCACCCAACAGCUCACCGCGUCCUUCGUGCCGUCAAAGUCGUUGUAUGCCAAUUAUAGCCAGGACCACUUUCAACGAACCGACUUCGCCGCCGACUUCACCGAGUUUGAUCUGAUUCAAACCAGUGUCGCCAGCGGGGUCCCGCUCUUAUCGUGGAUGGCGGCCAAUUACACCUUCCUGCCGAUCCACAACACCGAUCCGGAUCCCGAUGUGAUGUAUGGUGCGACCACCCUCGGAAUCGGCGCAGAACUCGACUGUGUAUCUCUGGACGUCAACACCAGUAUGCACCAAACCGACCAUCAGCAGACGUGGCGGUAUCGUCCCUUCCGCAACGCGAGUCGCGAGUGCACGGUGAACAUGACUGGCCUGACGCGACCGCACGAGGCGAUUGCGCUGUCGAUUCAUUUUCUCUCGCCUUCGGCGUCCUCCGACCGGGACGCGUGUCAAGAGUCCACCUUCCUCGUGGUCGGUCGAUGGAAUUACACGGCUGCCUCGGCGUAUACCACGGCGAACACCAUCGCGCUGCACUGCGAGCCGAAAGUACAGAUGCAGAAUUUUAGUGUCACUUUUGACCAACGCGGGCAGAUUGCCGACGUGGAUGCGAUCGCGGGCACUUCCAUCACGUCCGGCGCGAUGUAUGACAAUGCGACCGCAGCGAUGGGACAGUUCAACAAGAUCUUUGCCGCCAUUCCGCAGAGUUUUGUGGGGGAGGAACCGGGACGCAACGGGUCUUAUGUCUCCUCGUACGAUUGGGCCGGGUUCUUGGUAGCUCGGCUGUACAAACAGGAUCAGGACCAUCUGCUCCCUCUGCAAGUCCAGCCCUUGAUGGAACAUUCCAAGGCCGUGUACCAAUGGGUCUACACCACCUACUUCUCGGUGUGGCGGAACGUGUACCUUUUGCCUUUGCAGGCGCCCCGUCCCGCGGCCAAUGGGACGGUCAUCUCGAACACCUGGGCGAUGGUGCCCUCGGUCCCCUCCCUGGCUAUCGCCCUCCUGCUGAUCGCCUUGGACACGGUGAUGGUACUGGUGGUCUUCGGCACGCGUCGGGGCCGGUUCCGGGGCCCGCGCAUGCCCCGGUCGAUUGGGGCGAUCGUGCCGUGGGUGGCCAACAGUCGCAUGUUGGGGGACUUCACCAAUACCUUUGCGAUGACCAGCCAGCAGCGUCGGGAGCAUACCACGCGGCUUAACAAACGAUACGCCUUCCGGACGUUCUUGCAGCCCGACGGGCGGUGGCGAUACGCGGUCGAUGAGGAACCGCCGGUGGUCGAGGAUAAGCCUCCUUCUGCGGACGAGGCUGGGGCUGCCGCGGACGAGGCCAAAGGGCCGGAGGUGAUUGAGCUGCAGCCGAUGGCCGAGCUGGAGACCCCCCCUCCUCGGCGGGAAUCAUGAAUUCACGUGAAAUGUAAUGAACAUAUAAUGAUGUACUAGUAUUAGCAUUUGGAUAGGAAUGGAUGGGCAGCAUGGGCGGUUGGUCGGGUGUGGGAUCAUAUAGACACGGAGUUUGGGAUUUGUACAUAGAGCAGUUGAUACCUGGAUUCAUGAACAUGAUUACUGACGAGCCAG